AUGUCACCAACUCCAAUUCGCAUCAUCGCGUCACUCCCAUCACCUCCAACCUACGCAACUCUCCGAGCGCCAAUUCCGAGAAUGUCGCAAUACUACAACCAGUACGGCGCUUCUGCUUCUCCCUCGGCGACCGAGAACCUCCAGUUCUACCACGGCUCGUACCAGGCCACGCCCUCGCAAGCUCCCCCGACCAGCUAUGGCGUACCACCUGGCGCUGGCUUUCGCGAACAGAGCGGCCUGAGGACAGGCUGGCUGGCUGCCUUUUCCGCAGAGGGAUACGACAACGAGCCUUCAUUACGAGAGGAGCUGGGCGUCGACUUUGGACACAUGCAGGCCAAGACGCUGGCCGUGCUCAACCCAUUCUCCCCCAUCGAGCGGCUGGAGCAUGUCAUGAACGACUCUGACCUGGCGGGACCCUUGUUGUUCGUCGUUCUCUUUGGCGCUUUUCUCCUGUUUAGUGGCCAGGUCCACUUUGGAUACGUCUAUGGCCUUGCCCUCAUGGGAUCGACGGCGCUGUACAUGAUUCUCAGCUUGAUGACGCCGGAUACACCUCCAGGAUACCCCGGCGCCGACGUUGCGCCUAGCUCUCUCACAUUCACCCAAAACGCCAGUGUGUUGGGUUACUGCUUCUUGCCACUCGUCCUUACAUCGUUGAUUGGCGUGGCCAUGCCGCUGGAUUCUACAGCUGGAUACAUCAUUACGACGUUGGCCAUUUGCUGGUCAACAUCAAGAUCAAGCGCCAUCUUUUGUGGUGAGUGUGGUUCAAAGCAAUCAAAGCUAACACAAUUGAGUUUAAACUUUGCAAAGGGUGCAGAUGUGCUAACUGAUGCUGUGUAUCUAGCUGUCGGCAAAAUGAGAGAUAUGCGUGGGCUGGUGGCGUAUCCAGUAGCCCUGUUCUAUGUAGGGUUUGGCAUCAUCACCAUCUUCAACAGCCGAGGCAAGGCGCAAUGA